UGUGAUGUAAUGCCACGGACAUGCAUGAUGCAAGCCACGACGCGGUACAUUGCUACAUGGCAAUGCAAAAGUCCAACCUGGUUGCAGCGGCAUGCCUUCCGCGGUACACCUUAUUGUUUUCACUGCUCUCUUGUUUCGUGUUGUUGACCAUCGAAUGUACCAAGGUAGUCUUGUGACUGCAGCUACAUUUCCCGCAAACCGGACGACAAUUAGCCACAUGCGUAACUACAGAUGUCUUGUUACCUUCACUUCCGCAUUGCAGCGACUUCCACACGCCGCAUGUCGAAAAGCAGGCGCGGUUGAGCCUCUCCUUAUCGCCGGAGAAGGAGACGUUUCCCAUUCAAGUGACUCGCUGUCAGUCGGAACAAUUUUUCGAACAACGCGUGUGACCGGCCGAACGCAGGGGGAUGCAUGAAGUUGCAGUAGCAGCAAAGUCCGCGCGUGCCCGUUCCUGCAGCCAAUUCUCGUAAUUCAUGCAAACCGGCACGGCACAAGACAGGGUUGCCGCAGCUCGGUGAACAAGCCAGACUCGGACCUGCGUUUGCAGCGCGUUUCACGUCUCCUCUUCUCGGGGGAAG